AACAUGUGGAGCUGGAGCCUGACGUGGUCGUGAUGUCACUCGUCAGGAGGACACUGUCUCUGCUACGAGGAGCCAGCGACGGCGUGGCGCCCGGUCAGGUCCUCGUCUCCCGCUCCACCGAUGUGUUUGAGAACCUGGCCCUGGAGCAGUGGCUGGACUCGUCCUCGUCCCCCGGCGCCAGGCGUCUGCUGCUGUGGAGGAACCGGCCCGCCGUGGUCAUCGGGCGCCACCAGAACCCGUGGGCCGAGUGCGACCUGGCGGCGGCGCGGCGGCGCGGCGUGGCCCUGGCGCGGCGCCGCAGCGGGGGCGGCGCCGUGUACCACGACCUCGGCAACCUCAACGUGACCUUCCUGGCGCCGAGGGAGGCGUACGAUCGGCGGAGGAACCUCAGCGUGGUCACCGGCGCUCUGCGGCGAGCUCGGCCCGGGCUGGACGUGCUCGCCACGGAGAGGCUGGACGUGGUGCUCAACGGGAGCUUCAAGAUCUCCGGAAGUGCGUCCAGACUGAGCAGGACGCCGCCCUACCACCACUGCACCCUGCUGCACUCGGCCGAUCGCUCCGCCCCGCCGCCCGUGCUCCGCCCCUCCUGCCCCGGUAUCCAUAGCAACGCCACUCCCAGCGUGCCCUCGCCGGUCGCCAACCUGCUGGACCACGAUCCCACGCUGCAGUGGGACGAGCUGCUGGAAGCUCUGGUGCAGCAAUACAACGCAGAGUUCGGCUACGAUGCCGUCAUGGCGCCCGUGGACCCUGCGGACGAGCUGGCGUUCCCCGGGGUCGGCCAGCUCGCGGCGGAGCUGCGCGGCUGGGACUGGACCUUCGGCAGGACGCCGAAAUUCAGCGUCCAAUCGGUGCUGGACCUGAGGGACGCCACGGCAACCAGCUGCUCGGCGCGGCUGCGCGUGGAGGUGAAGGCCGGCCUGGUGCAGAGCUGCGAGCUGGACGUGCCCUCCCAUUGGCUGCCCGGGGGCGCUGAGCGGCGAGCUGGCCGCCGCGCUGGUCGGGGACCGGUUUUGCCGGGCAGCGGGGCGGCGGCGGCCGUCGCCGUGGUGAUGCGGGCGGAGAGCGGCGAGCGGCGGCGCCGGCUGCACCACCUCGGCGACGCACUCGUCUCCGCCAUCGGCUGACGGGGAAAACUCUCAGAGAACUCCAGCUGUUAUUAUAUAGUCAUCUGGUGCAGACAGACAGGCAGGCAGACAGACAGGCAGGCAGGCAGGCAGACAGGCAGACAGGCAGACAG